AUGUUUUGUUCUCCGUGGGUCCCUGGAGGCUCCCUGGACAAGGUCCCGAAUGGACGUCCGAGCGAUGGCGAGGUCGAGAGAGUGGACUUGCCAAGCCCUGUGACCGCUCCGCCAAGGACCGCGUCGGUGGGGACUGGUUCGCCCGAGCCGCUCUGCCAGCAGACCGCCUCGCGCACGACCGCUGCGCCAGCGAGCGCUGCGCCUGCGGACCGCUUCGCCAGCGGACCGGACGCCUCCGCGGACGACAGCUUCCCCGAGGACCGCUGCGCGGGCGGACCGGCUGCGCAAGCGCACCCCGCUGCGCCAGCGCGCCGCCUCGCCGCCGGGCCCAGCAGCUGUGGGGUGGGCGGGUCGGGCGGCGCGGGGCAUCGCAGCCGCGGGGCCUCCCUCGCCCAAUCUGUGCGAGGGGGGCCGCCGAGUGUGCUUGGCCAGCACAGUCGGUAG